GUCCAUCUCGACAAUAUGGUCCGAAGAGAGAAUUACUCUUCCAAAGAUCCUUGGAUUAUUCGCAGAGGAUCCGGAUCCGGAUCCAACUGAAAUCAGUUUUGAAGGGCGAUUCGUCUUGCGAGGUAGUUCUACGAGCCCUAUUUCCAGUUGUUGAGAUAUACUACUACUGAAUUCUGGCAGGGAAACCGGGAGAGGAUAAAGCAACCAUUUUUAGGGUUUGCCAGAAAGCAAUGGCAUGGAGGAGUAAUCUAUCUCGUAAUCUCAAGGAGCUUCGAAUCCUCUUUUGCCAAACCUCGCCUGCCAGCUCAUCUACCAGAGCAUUUGUGGAGAAUAAUUACAAGGAUCUGAAGACGUUAAACCCCAAAUUGCCAAUACUCAUCCGUGAAUGCACUGGAACUGAGCCUCAGCUGUGGGCCAGAUAUGAUAUGGGUGUUGAGAGGGGGAUUCGUUUGGAAGGCAUGACAGAGGCACAGAUCUUGAAAUCACUGGAGGACCUUGUUAAAGUUGGUGCAGCUCUUAAAUCUUGAUGCUGCUGCUGCUAAUGUUGUUUGGCCUCGCAGAAAUUAAAUAAAGAAGUUUCUAUGGAAUCCCUCUAUUGGAUGGAAUCGAUGUCUGUCUUUCUGUGAUGAAUAACUUUCAGGUUGCUCUGUUUUCUGCAUCUUAAAUUCGAUUGACACAUGAACUAGCUUGGGGUGUUCAUGGAUCUUGUUUAGUUAUUGUGAUGUUUUAUGACUAGUCCUUGUUUGGUGGCAA